AUGGCGGCCUCGCACAGGAGGCAGGAGGGGAAAUCGCUCCUUUUCCAAACUCACGGGCACCAAUUGAGCCGCCAGCCAGGGGAGUGGUGGCCACAGCAGCGAGUGACAGCCAGUCCACAUGGCUGGGGACACCGACAUAGCUGGGAAUCCCAGACCCUCGGCCUCGCUGGUGCCCAGACCACCCAGCUCCUCGUGGAGCCCCCCUGGAGGCCGGCGGUGCUGUGGGACCGGGUGACACUGACCUGCCUGGGCUCGGGGACAGCCGGUGCCACCACCUGGUACAAGGACAGGCGCUGGUGGCAGCGGGGACCUGAGCGCCUCACUGUCACCAAGAGUGGCACCUACUGGUGUGACAGACCCGACACCGGGCGCAGCCCCCCCGUGACAGUCUCAGAUGACUGGCUGGUGCUGCAGGUGCCGGUGCGGGCGCUGCUGGAGGGGGACACGGUGACACUGCACUGCCGGCUCUGGCAGGACAAGUCAGUCACUUCUGUGUCCUUCUACCACAACAGGAAGGAACUGGGGGGGCUCCACGAUGGCACCGAGCUGUCCCUGUCCCCUCUGCAACUGAACCACAGUGGCAGCUACCGCUGCGAGGGCCAGGUGAAAUACUGGGCGUCAGAGAAGUUGUGGCUGUCAGUGCCGGUGACAGUGACAGUGACACUCUUCUCAAUGCCAGUGCUUGAAGUUCACCCCUAGCCAACCGAGGGGUCCCUCUUGAAUCUCAUCUGCCUCAGCACCCCCAGCCCCCUGCAGCCCCGAGCCCCCCUCCUGUACAUGUUCUACCGGGACAGGCAGGUGGUGGGAGGCCCACAGGUCCCACAGCUGCUGGUUCCUGCCAUGGGGGUCUCCCACUCGGGCAAUUACAGCUGCGAAGUGCACUCCAAAGGGGGGGCUGUGCAGAAGAUCAGUGCCUGGCUCCGCAUCAUGGUGCGCAUGCCCGUGGCCAAUGCCACCAUCACCCCCAGUCCCCUGUCACACCAGGUGCGUGCAGGUGACCCCGUGACCCUGCGCUGCUCAGUGCAGGUGGGCUCAGCCCCUGUCACCUUCACCUGGCUGCACAAGGGGCAGGAGGUGGCCCGGGGUCCCCUCCUGGAGCUUGGGGACAUCGAUGUGGAACAUUCGGGCACCUACCAGUGCGUGGCCACCAACCAGCUGGGACAAGACGGGCACCACGUGUUCGGGGCACUCAGCCCAGAACUGGAACUGGAGGUGACACCUGGGUCACCCUGGGUCACAGCAGUGGCUGUGAAUGUCAGCAGGACCCUCCUGUUCCUGCUCCUACUUCUGGCUGUCACUGGCGGCACCGCCAGGGGCCCCCCAGAACCCCCUUAUCCCCUGGAGGUGGGGGAGGAGCUGGACACCGAGUGGGCAGGGGGCCCCUCCGCUGUCCCCCCCAAGGACCCCCAGGUGACCCAUGCAGAGCCACCAGUACCACAUGGGCGACUGCAGGACAUCAGUGACAUCUCUGGGAACGUGCUGUGA